AUGUUGUCUCGCAAGACGAAUGGAGCUCUCACAGCAGCUUACCAUGCAACCAACCUCCUCACCUUCUACGCGGUGCUCAAGGACGUCGGUCCCACGCCGUACAUGGACGAACUGAUCCAUAUACCUCAAGCUCGCGCAUAUUGUAGAGGAGAUUUUGGUUUCUGGGAUCCGGCGUUGACGACUCCACCCGGGUUGUAAGUAGCCUCUGUUUCACUAAGUGUAUUCAAUUUUGAGAGGGGGGAUGUGGGGAUUGAGCCCCGCAGGAGGGGCCACUGUGUUCGCUCGAAGGGGAGGUGUUCAAAUUUGCUGACUUUUGGCUCCUCAACGCAUGCUCAAGAUACCUCAUAUCGGCCAUUCCAGCCUACCUCAUCGCUCCGCUGCGGCCAUACCUCUGCUCGACCGCCGGUCUACGCGCCGUCAAUUUUCUCUUCCUCAGCUAUCUACCUUACGUGGUAUCCGGACUCCUUGAAACACUUCAAGAAGAUACAUCGACACAGCAAAAGGUCAAAGGAAAUAAACCGGCUAUCGAGACGACAACCAUACGCGGUCUAAGCCUCAGCUCAGAAGCAAUUUUCAUCGCCACAUUCCCGAUCGCUUGGUUCUUCGGGUACCUCUACUAUACCGAGACGGGGUCCCUCGUCCUCGUGUUAUUGGCUCAUUCGUUUGCGCUCAAAGGAGAAUGGCUCAAGUCAGCCCUGGUCAGUAGAUGUUGAUGAGGAUCUCUCGGAGGUCUUCGUUCGCCUGACCGGUCGCAUUCUUCAAAUCGAACAGGUCGGAGCCGCCUCCCUCACGUUCCGUCAAACCAAUAUUUUAUGGAUUGCCUUCGUCUCCGCUUCCACAAUCAUUCGUGUUCUUUCGCGCCAAAAAGCCAAGAGACCACUCAAGAACCCACUCUUGGCGAACACCAACCUCGGUAAGCUUCAUACCUCCUCAAUAUCGGAAAUAAUAAGCCUCGGCCGCUGAUGCAGCAAACCGAGGACUCGUACUUGGCAACAGCCGAAAUUCCCUCUUCAGCUAUAUCAGUGGUGGAUCUUGGUCUGCGGUCCAUUCCUCAACUCCUGCCGAUCAUCUUGUCGUACCUGCCCGUCUUUUUGGGCGCGGCUGCGUUCAUCAAGUGGAACGGAGGUGUCGUCCUCGGUGAGUCUAUGGGCGUCUUAUGGCCACGGUUUCAGUGAAAGGCAAUCUCAUUUUUCACGACCAUCAACAGGGGACAAGGCGAACCACGUACCUACACUCCAUCUCGUCCAACCCCUCUACUUCUUCGCCUUCACCGGCUUCUUGGCACCUUAUACCCUCACACCGAGCAACGUCUCCAGAAGUCUGAGGAAUCUACUUGGUACCCCAAGGUGAGUACCGACGUUGUAUCAAAUCUGGGCUGCCAUCGGAUUAUGAUCGGCAUCAGUAUCUGGCGGUUUAAUAAUCUUCCUCGCGUUCUGCUCGAACAGACGAAUUGUGACAAGUACGCUGGCGAUGGGUGUCGCGUUGUACUGCAUCAGAUACCACACGUACGUGCUACAAAUGCAUAGCUUUCCUGGUGGAGACAGAGCUGAAGCAAUGUUCUGCUCCGAUCUGCAGCAUCCUACAUCGCUUCCUGUUGGCUGAUAACCGGCACUACACCUUCUACGUGCUGCGCCGGAUCGUCAAUCGAUUCCCAGCCGCACGGUACCUGCUUGCGCCAGGGUACAUAUUCGCAGGGCGAUUGUUCCUUGAUGUAGUCAGUGAGUAGCACCUAUUCACUCCUGAGUUGAAGUGAAGGCUGACAUUCGGCUCGACUGCACUAUCCUCUCCAGUCGAAGCGAGUUCAUUCCGGCUUCUCGAGGCCCUAGGACUGGCCCUCACGACCCUGCUCGUCAUCAUCCCAAGUCCACUUAUCGAACCUCGCUACUUCCUCAUCCCUUACGUCCUCAUACGACUCCACAUACGCCCUCGAACACAGAGAGCGGUAUGGAUGGAGGGCUUGCUUUACGGGCUCGUGAAUGCGGUCACGAUGUGGGUUUUCGUUCAGCGACCCUGGACGCGGAUCACGAAUGAAGGGGUUGUGGAUGUGGCUAGGUUCAUGUGGUAA